UUUUGCUCUUUGGGCUUGGUUUUUCUCUCUCUGGUAUCCAGCUCAGUGCACUGCAUACAGUCAGCAGUUACUGACUGCUUCUUGAAUGGAGUCCAUUGGAAUGAUGGCAAAGAGAGCCCCAGCAGCAGUGGUGGCAGCAGCUACUCUGGUGGUCUUCUGGCUCUUUCUGGCUCUGUGCAGAUGCCUCUCCCCGAUGUUUUGGUUCUUGUUUUUGUACGUCUCUGCGUCCUUCACCCUUAGCUCAGGGCAUUGCAUAGAAGACACACCGGCACCGAUGAAAUGCUUUUUGAAAUUGGAUUGAAUAGAACUGAGUCCCAGGAAGGAGGGCUUCAGUGGUUUCUUCCCAAGGCUGAGGCAGAAGAACCUCCAUUAAUAAUGGCUUCCUAUCUCACUCAAAAUGCCCUCAGUGCUGGGGUUUUCCCCUCCAGAAUUCCUCAAAUUCUUGCAUCUAGCUCUGUGUGGACUGUAUACAGUGAAGGAUUUGGAGUGGGGUCUGGUGGAUUGGCCGACAGGAGAGCCUCACCAAGCCUGAGCCCAUUGUCCCCAACAAGUUAACUACCUCAGGGAAGAUGCCCUGGUUCUCCUCAGAAAACACUGUUGAAGAUACUCCUUCACUCUGUGGCAGAAACAGGAAGCUAUGGGAUGAUGUGGGGAGUUGUUUUGGUUCCCCAGGGAAGUAGCAUUGUAUCCUACACGCACAGUAGGCACCUAUUGGAAUGAAAAAAAAAUAAAAUUGUGAAUUAAAAAGUAAUUGUCAGGUGGCAGCUGGAUUGCUCAGUGGACUGAGAGCCAGGCCUAGAGAUAGGAGGUCUUGGGUUCAAAUGUGGCCUCAGACACUUCCCAGCUGUGUGACCCUGGGCAAGUCACUGAACCCCCAUUGCCCAGCCCUUCCCGCUCUUCUGCCUUGGAACCAAAACACAGUAUUGAUUCUAAGAUGAAAGGUAGGGUUUAAAAAAUUGUCAGUCUUUAGUGCCUAAAAGGAUUAGAGCUUCUAGCAGGAAUGGAAGGAGGCUCCUCGCACUGGGAAUUCCCUAAGGGAACAUCCAGGCCUCCUUUUGUGGGGGUUUUCUUAUGAUUUCAGCCCCCCCAACAGUAACUGGGCUUUUUCUUUUCUUUCCCCAUUGCCUUCUGGGAGUUUCUUUCCCUUUGGCUUCUUAGUAUUAGGAGAGUUCAGGUCUGUCAGUACGGCCCAGCUAAGUGUAGAGCUGGUGUUGGCUCCCAGAUGCCAGUUUUCCCUCUAGGAGGUCCGGGCCUGAAGUGGCCCUGUAGGGGGCGACAUGCUACAGUAGCGGGCUGGCAGGUGGGAGAGGCCAGUAAUACAGGAGGGCAAUAGGUGCCUGAUGUUCCAGCUUGUGGCCACCAGGGGGAGGUAGAGAGCCUUAUCAUUUAAAGCACAGCAGGAGCCUGCCCCUGCCCCAUUUGCUUUGUGGGUGAGGGAAGGAGCAAAAAGGUGUUCUCUCAAUCCAAAUUCCACGUGUGGAGGGCCAGCAGGAAGCCUUUUCCAGUGGUUGGCUUCCACAGGGAAGGGGUGGGCAGGGUGGUGCCAGCCACCUCGGCCGGCUGCCCUCUCAGUUCCAGGCCUGGAGGUUUCCUCAGAAGACUCUCCUGGGGGCUUCCCGCCCUGAGGAGAAGAUAUGUUGGCUUUACCAUGGUCUCUGGGUCCACCUGGGCCCUGGGGAGAUGUGAAUUACACCGGCAUUCAAGUUCCAAACCAGCUGAAGGUAGCUGAAAGGAUUGGAAUUAUAGAGGCCAAGAGAAUGCCUGACAAUUCUCUAUUUUUGCAGAUGAGUAUUGUUGAUCGUGUACCUUUAGUAGGUAAGAGUACAGAAAAUCUCUCAGCUCCCUGUGUGCGUGUGUGUGUGUGUGUGUGUGUUCAUGUGCGUGUGUGCGCGCAUGAGUGCAUAUUAAACUUAAGCUCCCUUCCUUGUGGGAUAGAGAGGGGAUUUCUGAGGAAUGGGAGUAAUGCUGUCUCAUGGCUUUCCCAUCAAAUCUAUCCAAAGGCUCUGAGCCCAGGGACUGGUAAGGGUAGGCCCUCUGUUCUCCGGCCAUUUCUGCCAAAUUCUGGUGCCCAGUUCGAAGCAGCUAAGACGCCUGACCUACCAUCUUCGCUCUCCCUUUCUCUGGCAGGGGCCUAAAGGCAAAGCCAUCACUUGAGAGGGAGCCUAGAGCAGCCUCAGGAAGCAGCAGCCAUUUGAGCAGUGCCCCUAGCAAUGUGCCAUCUGGCCCCUUGGUGGCAGUGUUGGCUUUCAGUGCCCUUCUCUGAUGUCUCCCUGAGCUAUAAUGAGAUCCCCAGUGGCCAGACAGAGUCGUGCCUCUCCUCUUCCCUCCCCACCCUCCCCUGUGGCCUUGGAGCUAGAUGGAGAAACACUGAGGGACCGGGAAGGAGGGGAGGGUUGGGGGGGGUGUCGCAGUGGGUGCUGGUUAAAGCUCAUCCCACUGCAUGUUCUAGGGACUCGGGUGCUGUAAUUGCUUCCCAUGUAAUCACUGACUGCAUAUUUGGCUUAGAAGAGGCAGCCUGCAGCAUCUGCUGAGUAGCUGGACCGAGCCAACUAAGUGGCUGUGGCUGGAGUGGACAGCAUCACCAGGGUGUCAUGUCCUCUAUCCAGGGCUCAAGCAGCCUAUUCCAUUUAGAAAUCUCACUUGGGUGAGAGUAGAGGAGAAUGACUUCUGGCUGGGAGAAUCAGAGAAAGUAUGCUGGAGACAAGGGAAAUGGGCCUGGACUUCUGUCCCUGGCUUUAGGGGAGAACAGGGUGGGUGGAGAUAGUGUUGCCAGGGUUCCUGGGCAGCCAUUUUGUGGCGCUUGGCAGCUGCUGUCUCUCAUGGCCUCCAGGCCGAUAGCAGAAUAAUAUUAAGCAGGAAUGCUGGCUGCUGUGUAUACAGUGCUUUAUGAUUAGAAAGCGCUCUUUGAUGAAUCUUACUUGGGUUUAUGAUGAUCCCAGCAGGUUAACUGGUGGAUUUUUUUUUCCUUUCUUGGUAAGAAACUGUGAUUUUAUAGGUGCUGGGAACUCCUGGAAUGUAAACUCCAUUCACUGAUGCAGAAUAGCAGUUGCCUGUCAGUCUUGGAGAGGUUGCCCAAGACACUUAGUGGUUAAAUGACUUCCCUAGAGUCAUUUAGCUCUAAGUAUAAGAGCCCUGAUUUAGCUGGACAGCUGCUGGGCAGCAGAUACAGGCCUCUGAAUCUAAUUCUUCCUUAUUCCAAGGCCUACCCUUUAGCAUCUAUGCCAUUCUCACAUCUUUCCAGGUAAGUGCUGGUUUAAAAAAACAAAAGCAAAAAUGGUAGCUGAGGCUUAGAGAGGAAAAUUGACUUGGCUAAGGUCACUUGGAUAGUAAAUGCCAGAGCCCUAAUUUAAACUGAGAUCUUCUUGGUCAGAAUUCAGUUGUCUCAGCUGGCAUAUCCUGCCCUUCUAAUGUUGGAGUGUUAGAGAGUUUGAUGUUAAAGAUGUCAUAUUUACAUGUACCUCUCCCGAUCUAAAUAUGACAUCCCAUCUGAAUCUGAGUCCUUAAUUGGUCUGCUAGUCCUUAAACUAUCUCUGGCUCAGGCUUAGACUCCGAGUGCCCAUAUCAUUCCCAACCUAGCCAAUGUAGAUGAGAAGUGUCAAAGCAAGGCACUGACUAACUGAAUGAAUGAAUUAAAAAAGCGUUUUAAGGACUUGCUAUGUACUAAGUACUGUUUUAGGUAGUGAGGAUCCAAACAGAGCAAGAUGGCUCCUGCUCCCAAGGACCCCAUACAUUAACUUGGGAAGACCAGCUAUAGGGUACAUCAAAAGGCUUGAAAGGCUUAAGGGUUCAGGGGAGAGGCAGAUGGGAAGAUCCAGGGGUAAGAUCUUCCAUCUCACCAAAAGUAAUAGACUUCGUGAUUCCCAUCUCAUCUAAGCCAUUUGAGCAAUGAAGUAGGCCCAGAUGUGUUCUAAGUGGCCCUCAAGGUAGUGGGUAUGAUUGCAAAGGUGAGUAAAUAGCUUCUAGAGCUGAGGGAAGAGAAUCCAGCUAGGAUUUUAGGGUUCUGUUAAGAGUGGAAGAUAGCCUGAGUAUGGACAGGUGAAAAACCAAUAGACUGGUUUUGUUCUGGGUACCAGCAAGACCUAGUGAUUACUAUGGGAAACCACAGGAGCACUACUGCUCUUGGGGCUUUGUUUGGGACCCCUUGAUGCCUUAUUGAGACCAGGACCCAAUCAGCUGGAUGAAUGAGCAAACCCUUCUCUCUUCUCCCUAGAUCAUAGUGAGGGGGCGAGAUACUUUUGGAACAACCUGCAGAACCCAACCUACGUACCUGGUAUCCUGGCUCCUGUUUCCUAUAUGCCUACUUCUUACAGCCAUUUAUCAGUUGCCCUUGGUAACAUUAGGCAAAGAGUACUGCUCCCUGUAAGUGGUUUCCUGGAGGACCAAGCCAGUGGUGAGGAUGUCUCUGAAGAUACCAUGAACAUCAAAGAGGAGCCAGAGACAAGAGGGAAUGCUUCACAUGGGGAGACAGGAUCUAUUCCCUGCACAGUGUUUCCCAAACAGUGUGAUUCCUUGGGCUCUUGCUCUACCACUAUCUUCAGAAGACCUUCUAGCCCUUUGGAUAGCUCAGGGGUGAGGGGUUUACAACAGGGCAAGAGUUGUCCAAUUGUCAAGGUUGCUGUGGUUCUACCAGUAAAUGCUUCUUCCUGCCCUCUGGACCGCUGGACCUUCUUGGGAACUUCUCAGCAUAGAAACUCUGGCUUAAUCAGAGGCCUGGCCCUCAGCUCCCAUGAAGGAAGAUUGGCCAUUGGGAACUCCCUGACAGAUGUGGAUGGGUUGGAGAUCAUUGCCCUGAAAAGGCAGUUACGUAAGAUCUCUGGGAGACUUCGGGCCCUGGAGGCUCAGUAUAAUGGCUGGCGUCAGAAGGAGUUCCUCCUCUAUUCUGCUCUAGCCUCGGCCUGUGUUAUUAACACAUGGCUCUGGAUGAGACGUUGAUGUGUUUGGAUCCUCUGAAAAAAGAAGCAUGCCUUGGAGGGCAUGAAUGUUGGGGGAAUAUUGGGGAAGUGUUUUUGUAAACUGUACUAGCAAACAUAGAUUGAUCCUUUGGCCCUCCAAAGGUUCCAUGGAAAAGGCCGCCUUUAAAAUGAUUUCAUGGAGCAAGUUGUACUGGUCUUAUUUUGGAUGGCAGUGGCCUUCAAGGGGAGAAGGGAAGAUGAUAUCGUGGAUCUCCAGGUGGGGAGUAGGGGAAGACCACCCCAAUCCCUGGGGCAACACAGGGACCUGAGCAAACAUCACCUCUCAAUUCUUUGUGGUAGCAGGCCCUCCCAGCUGUUCUUUUGACUAAUUUUUCCAAGGGUAUGAAAGCCCAUUGUCCCCUUCUUAUGAAGAGGGGAAUUUGGGUCAGUGAAGCAAGAAGGAUGAAGCAAGCCCUCUUACUCAUUGUAGCUUUAUAGCUUUAGGCUGCUGUACCUGAAAGGGCUGAGGCAUUGAGGUAGUCUAUCUCCUGUUGAACCAUCCCAGUAGUUACCUUAGACUCCAGGCAGUACUAGGCAGACAUCAGUCUUGAAUAAGCUGGCUUCUCCCUUGACCCAGACUUCCCUUUCAUUGGGAUUUGGGGUGUUGCUGCAUACCGUCCUUCCCUUUUCUCUGGAGAAAGCUGCCGUGUGUGUGUGUGUGUGUGUGUGUGUGUGUGUGUGUUUGUGUUUGCAGGAAAAGUCUAGUUGAAAAUAUGUUGUGAAACAUCAGUGUACCUUGGGGAACAAUUUAGUUGAGAACCAAACACAGGCAAACAAACAGGUGCUUCAUGGCCCUAGAGAAAGUCUUCCUGUGACUUGGGUCAGCUACAGGCAGAGACUUGAUCUGGGAUCUAGGUUGCCAACUGGCUGGGCUUUCCUUUAGCCUCUUCCCUAUUCUUUAAGGCUUCCAGGGACCCAAUCUCCUGGGCCAUGUCAGCCACUUUCCAUCCCUAUAAGCUCCCUACAGGGAGAGCCAGCCAAGUGGAAUAUGGGAGGAAACACAAAAUUAUAGACUACCUUCCUCCUCCCUCCCUCCCAAAUUAAUGAAUUGCCUCUAUGGGUUUUUGUUGAGGAGAUCAAGAAACACAACUGUUCCUUCUGGGUCUGAGACAGGAAGUAGCUAUAGUUGCUCUGCAAUGUUGUCUGGUAGUGAGUGUGGGGCAACCAAAGUCCCACCCUCACUCUAGGACGAUAAAAGCACUGAGUUCUUGUCUUUUCCCCAAGAGACAAGAAGACUUAAGUGCGUCAGGAAGGAAGUGAAGAAACUCCCAGUGUGUCAUUUCUCAUCCAAACUUGGGCACUUUUCUCCUGGGGUUGACAUUAGAUGGUUCCUCUAUCCUCUCAAUGAAUGACUCAGUUUCCUCAGCACAAAUUAGAUUCUGUUGGCUUGGUUAAUAAGAGUAAUUCAGAUCAUAGGCAGAUAGGUCCUUUAGGAUAUACUUUAUUCUAAAGGCCUUUGAAAAUAAUUGUACCCUCUCAAAAGUUUCUCAUAAGAAAUCUUUCCUCUCUUAUCCCUAAUCCCCAGAGAUUGUCCCAGAAAGAAGGGGCUAGGGAAUCCUGCUGAAACAAAGCUGUGUGGGGUAAGCAUGGUCAGGAGCUAGCCAUUACUUCUUCAGUUCCCUCCUGCCUUCCUUAGUUCUGGGGAAAAGGAAAAACCCCAUCUAGUGGCCCCACCAUUUUCCUUGCCCUCUGGCAGGUAUGGAGGUAGUGCUAUGGGAGUGUAGCUAACUCUGGGGUUGUGGACCCUUCAUAAAUCUUCAGUCUUCUCUUCCUGUUUUGGCUCUUUCUGCCGAUCUUCACCAAAAAGAAUGAAGUGGAUGUACCCAAAACCUUUUUUCCCCACCCACUUCCCUGGGUCUGCAAGCAGUAGGGGGUAGCCUAGAGGCAGUGGCCCUAUUUAUCUCAGGGUGAGCAGGUCCCUUUGUGUUGACUAUUGGUACCUCCCCUGCUUUUGAUUCCCCAGAUAAAAAGCCAGGCAUGAUUAGCUCCUGUGAAGUCUACCUACUGAGGGCUCCCAGGAGGGCGGGAGGGGCCUCACAUACAGCCAGCAGAGAGCAGAAAGCCAUCUGUCUGCCUGUUUGUCCUCCUGACUCUGGGUGAUUCAGGUAGCUCACCUGGGGUCCUGUGCCACCCCAGCAGCGAGCAACUGUUCCUGGGGCUGGGGGGAGACUCAGACUGUGUCCAUGCCUGGUGGCUUCACCCAACAGUGGGCAGACCCAGAAUCUUCCAGUUGAUCUCCUUAGCCAUUUCUAUGAGUUCUUCCAACCUGCUUCUCAACACUGGGCAGCAGGAAAGCCCAGGAGACUUGCUGAUACCGUGAGGUGUGUAUCCUGGGCAGAGGAUCAGGUCACUGUGCCUGGAUCAAGAAGGGUUUUUCAUCAAGGACCUUCUCUGAGCUGUGCUCCAGAACAAAGCCUCCUUGGGGCUACUUGGAUAUUGAUCGGGGCUGCAAGGUACUGCAUUCCCAACACUACCUGACUACUAAAGAAGAGGUAAUAAUCUUGGGGGCUUGGGGAUUUGGGUCCUUUUCAGGAAAUCCAUGGGUCAUAAUGUGUUAGAGCUAGAAAAGAUCUUAGAAUCAUGGAAUGUCAACUUUAGAAAGGACUACACUGGCCAUCUCAUUUGAUGCCUUUGUUUUUUCCAUUUGGGGAUGUUGUGCCCUGGGUAGAAUGGCCAAUGUGAGAGGUACCAAGUGGUUCAGACACCUGGCCAUGUCCUUGUGGCAGUGCCUGGGAGAUUCUUCAUUAGCCAGGGGUAACAGAACAAGGUUACGGUCCCCCAGAGCCCCAAAAUACUGAGCAACACACCUAUUAAUUUGCUCGAGGGGGAUUGAAUGUGGUGCUAAGAUAGUAGUUGUUGUUCAUUUGUUUCAGUUGUGUCCAACUCUUUGUGACCCCAUUUGGGCUUUUCUUCUCCAGCUCAUUUUAUAGAUGAGAAAACUGAAGCAAACAGGGUUAAGUGACUCACCCAGGGUCACACAGCUAGUAAGUGUCUGAAGCUGAAUUUGAACUUAUUGAUGAGCCUUCCUGACUCUAGACCUGUUACUCUUUCAACUGAAGAGCUACCUAACUGCCCUCCUAAGGAGUCCAGAACACAAUAAAAUCUAAGAACUCCUGGCACUAGAUGAAUUCAAAGAUCCCUUCCAGAUCUUAAUCAUAUGAUCCUAGGUCAAACCUAUGGACCGAGACAAAUUCUGUUCAAACCUCCUUUCUCUUUGACUCUAAUAAGUUUUAGCUGGAGCCCUCCACAAAGCUUUCAUUUCCAUGAACAAGGGUUCAUUUUCAAUAGUCUAGUCAUCAUUUUCUGUCCUUUCUCUUUCCCUAGCCUUCCUUUCAUAGCCUCCCAUCCUGCGUAGUUGAGCCCAUAGAUGAGUCUUAGUAUCCAAGUGCUGGGCAUUGCCCAGGUAUGGGGUCCUUGGCUGAAGCAUUUCAGAGACAUUUCCAUUCCAGGACUUGGGAUAUGAUUAGCCAAUUAAUGUGAUUAGUUCCAGUGAAUUUCUAAUUUGCAGGGGUGAAACUGAAUCUCCUCCACUGUGAGUUUGGUGUGGACUUUGUAUUUCCUAUCAAAUAGACCUGGGUUUCAGAGCCCCAGUUCUGCCCCGGCUGACCUCAGUGACCUCGAAGGCUCCAGUCCACUUCUGAUUGAUAAUCCCCGAGGUUCCUUAACCCUUUGUGAUUCUAUUGUUCUAAUAGUUCUUUAGAGAGUAAACUUUAAAUUAUUCAAAGUCAUUUAAACUCCAAGCACCUUAGACUAGUGGUGAGGCCACUAAAUCAUAUAGAAGAAUAUCUGUGGGUUACACAUUGACUUACAAAACCAUUUGUUAACAUUAUCUAUGUUCUGUCAUAUCUUUCCUUAUUUUGUUAAACAUUUGCAUCUAGUCAGAAGGUUCUUCACUUGGGGCUCAUGACCUUAUUUUAAAAAAGUAUGGUGUGAUUUUUAAAAUGUUAGUAUCAUUGGCUUCCUUUAUAAUCUUAAGUUUUGAUUUGAACACAUUUAAAAACAUGAUUCUGAGAAAAGACCCAUAGGUAUCAUCAGUUUGGCAAAAGGGGUCCAGACACACAAAGCAACUGUUGAGAGCUCUUUCUCCAGUCUCGCUCCCUCGUUUUACAUCCAGAGAAAUUGAGGCCCAGAGAGGGGAAAGCCAAGGCCACACAUCUAGUUAAUGGCAGAGUUACAAUUAGAUGCAGGUUGGGGAAAACAGAAGGCCCAGGGUGAGGCAGCAAUUUUGUGAGUGAGUUAGAACAUUCUAUUGUGUGAAUGAAAUGCAGAGCUAAUUCAACUUUAUCCUUAGUCCAGUAAGUAUAAGGAGUCUGCAGAUGGAGUUUUCUUUCCCCAGGGCACUGUGACCCUUGGCUCACUGUUUCUGGUAUGACCAUCAGGGAUAUUUAGAUUCCUUUUCUUUUCCAUGUUCCUGCCUUUUUUUCUCUUGAAUUUCUUAACCGCCCACUCCUUAAUCUUCUCUCCCUUCAGCUUUCUCUUCUCCUCUCCCUAUGCCAGUACCCUUUUGGGGAGGAGGGGGAAGACUUUGUUAGUUGCCCCCCAUCACAUGGAGGGCAAAUGCCCUGCACGUCACCUUCCUAGGGGCCCUCCUCACCUACUAUGGCACCAGGCCACAGUAUUGUGGAGCCAUAAAGAUUCCCCUAGUCUUAUGGUACUGAUAGCCCCUUGGGCUUCUGGAAUAAAGGACAUCAGAAAAGGUACUUUGUACCAGAUUCAGAAAGAAACAAACUCCAAGAUGGGAGUGGCAAAUGGCAGCUCCACCAACUGAAUGCCUGAAUUUGGUCUCUCUCCCCAAAUUUAGCUUUAGCCCAAAUCCUGUACUUGAGAGGAUGAGGACCCCUACAAAUGCUGUUGCCCCCUCUAGCCUGGCUUCUUACCUAAAGGCAAUGAGGUGCAUAGAGCUCAGUUGGAAAUUUCAGUAUUCCAAAGGGAUACAGCAAUAUUUGCCCUGGUCAGCCCUGGUCUCUGUCUUCCUCUGUUUGUCUGUUUGCUAAUCCCUCCCUGCCCGCACCCAGUGUCCUUCCUGCCUGUCUCUUCCCUUGCUGGAUAUCCUCUUCAUCCCUGAAGGCUAACAUUUAGCUUCUAUGAUUUCUACAGAAGCUCCAGUCCAUUAUAAAGAGGCCAGUGUAAUGCCCACAUCCACCAGAGGCUAACUUUAACAGCAGUAUUGUCACAAGUUCAUAGUGUAGCCCACCUAACUGCCAGCCAGCCUGUGCAGACCAACCAGGAUGGCCUGGCCUAGCCGACUUAUCUUCCUUGAUGCCAACCCCAGAGGUUAGGAGCAUGUCCCAAACAUCCCCAGUUUUUCAUAAGAAUGACUAUUCAUUCUGUGUCAGCCAUGAUUUAACCCUCAAACCUCCUCGAGUGUCUUUUGUUUUUCCACCCUUGCCACUUCUAGGGGGCAACGAGUGUCAAAGUUUACUCCGUACAGUAUCAAAUAGGAUUUCUUUUUAACUGAUUUAAAUUAUAGGCUCGGGGAAUGAAUGCUGUUCUUUCUCUUAUUCCUGAAGAACAUGACCAAGUCUGCAAUAGAUCAUUCAAGUUGCCUUUUGUGACUCAAUAGACUGGGAUCAUUUCCCUCUCUCCCUUUACCUUCAUCUCCCCAGCUUCAUAUUGCUAUUGAAACUGUCACAGAGGUGAUCUCUACACACAUUGUAGAUAAAUAUGCCACUUCAUUGAUCUAUUCUUGUCUCUUUCUUGGGUUUUGAAGUCUUCCACAUUUGGCAGCACUGAUUCCCAUGCUCCUAUGCCACUUUCUUCAGGUCACCCAUGCAUAGAAUGACCAUGUGCUAUGGAGGAAAGAGCACUGGUUUGGGAGUUUGGAGAGCCAGCUUUGAGGCCUAGUUGACGUCUAGCUUGGUAUAUAAUGCAAGUGAUUCAUGCAAGUGACUCCCUCUCUGGGGGUCUCACUUUUCUUCUAUGUAAAAUGAGAGAGGGUUGGACUAGAUCUCAGACUAGAAGCUUCCUUCCUCUGUUUUCUCCCUCUUUUAAACUAAGAGAAUGUCAAUUAAAGGGCACGUUUUCUGCAGGUCAGUGAUGCUCAAUUAGCAGAAAAAAAUGAUUUCCCAACUCUAGACUAAAUUAUCUCCAAGGUCUCUCUCAGCUCUCCGUUUCUGUUUCAGAUCUUGGCAAAUCAUCACCAAAGGGAAUGUAGCUGGCUUAUCCAACAUAUCAGGGCAUGGAGAGGAGGUGUUGCAGAGGGAAUCAGGACUAGUUUAAUCAAAAGCUAGCAUGGAUGUCAAUUGAACUUGCUGUGUGUCCCCAGUCUCCCAGGUCUCUGCUUCAAGGGUGGCUAUUGCCAAAAAUGAGGGAGAAUGAAUGGCUUUUCUUAUAGCAGAAAGCCUCUGCUAUACUGCUCAAAGCAUUAGGGAGAGUUUUCUCCACUUGAUGGGAUUGUAGGCUUUAGAACUGAAAGAGCUCUCAGAGGUUUAGUUCAAGUCCCUUGUUUUAUAGAGGGGAACAUUGAGGCCUGGAGAGGCAAAGUGACUUGCCUAGGGUCACACAACUCUUAAAGUACCCGAAGUGGCAUUUAGAUCUGUGUCCCUGCCUCCAUGUCCAGUCUAUAUUCACUUUGCCAUGCUGUGUCUUGAGGAUCUCUUCUCUGAAAGGCUAGUUUUAUAUAUGUGGGGGCAAAGGAAAGGAGGGAUGACCUGCUCUUUGGGGGGUGGGGGUAGGCAGAGUACAAUGACCCUAGGAAAGGAUCUAUCCCUGAGGAAAGGUCUCUGUUGAGGACAUAACAAGUAUGAUCUUCAUCCCAAGCUAGGUCUACUGUGUUCAUGGUUGAAGUGAGGUUAAGAUGGUCGGGAGGUGGGGUGGGGGUGGGUGGAUUAGAAGGGAAAGAAGAAGACUAGGCAGCCUCAUCAGGCCCAGGCCAAUGGAGUUGCCUGGCCUUUAGUGAUCAGGAACUCCUGAGUUUAGGUUUGUUUUCACUGCUUGGUUUCUAUGACAAGAAGCCAAGCCCUCACCCCUCUGGGAGCCUUAGGAGGGAAGGGGUUCAGGGACAAGCUAUUCUUCUCCCCUGGGGUCCCUUAUUACCAUUCAGGUGUCACAGCCCCAUAGAGAGCAGCAAGUAGUAGCUACCCUGGAGCUUGUGGCUUCGGCAGGGCUUGGGGAGCCUAUGGUCACCAUGGUAACAGCUUCAGCAACCACAGCUAGCUGGAAAAGGACUGCCACACUCUCUGUGCCAGAAAUGGUCCAAGGGUGGGGAGGGCAAGGAGUUUAGUAGGGUAGGGGAACCCCAGGGAAGGGGCAAAUGGGAGAUAAUAGAGGAUCUUCAUUUCUUCCCUCUUGCCCCCACCAGCUACUGUGGAAUUUCUUUGAGUCUUAUGGUCCAUCCUCCUGUGGAAGGAUUGAAAUGCUAGGAAUUAUGACAAAGAGCUCCAGCCAAGAGCUGGACAGCUCUCCAGGCCUGACUUGUAUUCUGCUUCCAGGGCUCCUCUGCCCUCUGCUUUUGUCUUUUUGGUUGAUGCUAAUGCUUAUGCUAACAAUUGAUGGUGUUCACCUUUGCUUUCUGCUUCUUCUUGAAGCAAGUUCCUUGUCCCUGGCCUCCUUACAUGGAGGAUGACAGAAAAAACGAAUGGCGUGAAGAGCUCUCCAGCCAAUAACCACAACCACCACCCACCCCCAUCAGUCAAAGCCAAUGGCAAGGAUGAGCCUGAAAGGAGGACCAGCAGGCCACAGUCAGCAGCUGAUGAUGACACCUCUUCAGAGCUGCAGAGGCUAGCGGCGUUGGACAACCCCCAACAGGGUAGAGGGGCAUUCCGAAGAGUGGUCCGAUUGGUCAGAGUUCUGAGAGACUGGGCCAAUAAGAAUUUCCGAGAGGAAGAACCAAGACCUGACUCAUUCCUUGAGAGGUUCCGUGGUCCUGAGCUCCAGACAGUGACCACUCAGCAGGGGGAUGGCAAAGGUGACAAGGACGGUGACGGCAAAGGCAAAAAGAAAAAAUUUGAACUCUUUGUGCUAGACCCUGCUGGAGACUGGUAUUACCGCUGGCUCUUUGUUAUUGCCAUGCCCGUCCUCUAUAACUGGUGCCUGCUGGUGGCGAGGGCCUGCUUCAGCGACCUGCAACGGGGAUACUAUCUGGUGUGGUUGAUACUAGACUACGUGUCUGAUGUUGUCUACAUUGGUGACCUUUUCAUUAGGCUUCGAACAGGUUUCCUAGAACAAGGGCUGCUUGUCAAGGACACUAAAAAGCUCCGGGACAACUAUAUCCACACCCUGCAGUUUAAGCUGGAUGUGGCUUCCAUCAUUCCCACUGAUGUGGUAUACUUUGCAGUGGGGAUUCACAACCCUGAGCUGCGCUUCAACCGCCUCCUUCACUUUGCUCGCAUGUUUGAGUUCUUUGAUCGCACAGAGACCAGGACGAGCUACCCCAAUAUCUUCAGGAUCAGUAACCUUGUGCUGUAUAUCCUGGUCAUCAUCCACUGGAAUGCUUGCAUAUACUAUGCCAUCUCCAAAUCCAUUGGGUUUGGUGUGGACACAUGGGUCUAUCCCAAUAUUACAGACCCAGAAUAUGGCUACCUGGCUAGAGAGUAUAUCUACUGCCUCUACUGGUCCACACUCACCCUUACUACCAUUGGAGAGACACCUCCACCAGUGAAGGAUGAGGAGUAUCUCUUUGUCAUCUUUGACUUCCUGAUUGGUGUCCUCAUCUUUGCCACGAUUGUAGGAAAUGUGGGCUCCAUGAUCUCCAACAUGAAUGCCACUCGAGCAGAGUUCCAGGCCAAGAUCGAUGCCAUCAAGCAUUACAUGCAGUUCCGCAAGGUAAGUAAGGAAAUGGAAGCCAAGGUCAUUAGGUGGUUUGACUACCUGUGGACCAACAAGAAGACUGUGGAUGAGCGGGAAGUCCUAAAGAACUUGCCAGCCAAGCUCAGGGCAGAGAUUGCCAUCAAUGUCCACCUGUCAACCCUAAAAAAAGUACGAAUCUUCCAGGACUGUGAGGCUGGACUCUUGGUGGAGCUGGUGCUGAAACUUCGCCCUCAGGUCUUCAGCCCUGGAGAUUACAUCUGCAGGAAAGGAGACAUUGGCAAAGAGAUGUACAUCAUUAAGGAAGGGAAGCUGGCUGUGGUUGCAGAUGAUGGUGUUACCCAAUAUGCCCUGCUUUCAGCAGGGAGUUGCUUUGGAGAAAUCAGCAUUCUCAACAUUAAGGGAAGCAAGAUGGGCAACAGGCGCACAGCCAACAUCCGAAGCCUGGGCUACUCAGAUCUAUUCUGUUUGUCCAAGGAUGACCUCAUGGAGGCCGUGACAGAGUACCCAGAUGCCAAGAAGGUCCUGGAGGAGAGAGGGCGGGAAAUCCUCAUGAAGGAAGGGCUACUGGAUGAGAAUGAGGUGGCUGCCAGUAUGGAGGUAGAUGUACAGGAGAAGCUGGAACAGCUGGAGACCAACAUGGAGACCUUGUAUACUCGCUUUGGCCGCCUUCUUGCUGAAUAUACUGGUGCUCAGCAGAAGCUGAAGCAGCGAAUUACAGUCCUUGAAACCAAGAUGAAGCAGACCCAUGAGGAUGACUACUCAUCUGAUGGUCUAGACACCCCUGAACCAGGGACCGAGCCUGAGGAGAAGCCUUGAGGUCCAGGGUGUUUGACACUCUAGUCCUCUGGCUGGGAGGCUCCUCAUCCAGGCCUGUUUUGGCAAUAGGUUAAGAUGGUCCUUGGCCUUUUGAGAAGAGACCAGACUGUUCAUCUGACCUUGCAUUAAGGCUUCAGACCCAGGCACUAGAAGACCCACUUCCAACUCAAAGAUGCAGCAGAGUAUUAGCUGGAAGAGUAACAGAUGUGGAAUUGCCAGAGAGACGUAGAUUGGAAUCCUGCCUCAAAGGCUUUUUUGCUGUGUAAUCCUGGGCAAGUCACCUAUCCUCUCUGAGCCUCUAUUUCCUUAUCUGUAAAGCGGUGAUGAUAAGAGUAGUACUUCCCACCUCACAGGGUUGUUGUGAGGAAAGCACUUUGUAUACCCUUAAAGCACUUCCAAAAUGACAGUUAUUAUUAUUAUUACAAUUAUAAUACUUUAUAGAUUU